CGGGUUAUAUUUUAGAGUUUUUGAAAAAACUGGUCUUCUAGAAAAUCAGGUCUUCGAAGGGCUAUGGGGAAGCCCCAUGGUCGUAUUCGUAAUCAGCAUAGUCGAUAACCUAUAACCCACUAGAUUCCGAGCAAAAAGCGUUUAAUCACUUCGAGGGGUUCCCUCGUACACCAGAUUCUAAUUAGACUCAAUUGAUUUAUGCUAUUAUUACCUAGUUCAGUUUUAUCUCAUCUUCGUUAUAGACAAAAACUGAAUUAAUCAUUGACGCUGAUACGGCAGAAGAUCAGAAUGAUUUUAUUGAAGCUGAUUUUGGUCCGAAUCAAGAGGAUGACGGUCAACAAAGUGAUCAGGAUAUUACUAGUGAUCAAGAAGAAGAUAAUUCCGGUGAACAUAACGAUGUCUUUAGUGAACAUGAAGAAAAUAGCAAUAACGACCAUCAGCUACAGCCACCACAACAACAACCUGCAGUAGAGGAAUCAAUCGAUGAAGAUGAAGAUCAAGGUUUUGGUUUUGAGGAUAUGAAUGAACUACAAGUACAAGAUGAAUCAGAUGAUUCUGAAUCAUCGUCAAGUGAUAAUGAACAUGAAGAAAAUAUUCACCAUCAACUUGAUAAUGUUGUUGUUUGUUGUAAAUAUGAUACUAAUAAAAUUAUUUUACACCGUUCUCUAUCCGAUAGUAAUUUGACUCUUCGUCGAGUUCAACAACAUUAUUUAUCAUUGGAAUUAUUACCAACGACGAUAAAGACAAUAACAUCUCAAUAUAGAAAAAUAGAACAUCUUAUUGAUGAAAGGUAUGAACAACAAACAACAAGUAGCUACAUUUCAACGAAGAAUGAACAACAAAAAGAUUAUAAUCAAGUUAUGGAUAAUGUUAAUACUCUUCAAAUGUAUGCUAGAGCUAAAAAGUCUUUACACUGGUCAAUAAAACUAACAUUUCAUUUUUUUUAUUUCAUAGACACUCUUCUCCUACUGAAACAGUGGUAG